AUGUCAACUGUACGAUACUUUGACGAUAUCCCCCACAUCGGCCGAUUUGGCAUGCGCGAUGAUGACAAGGGGACUAGUUGGACGUUUUUCUACCGAAACGGUAUCCGAUUCACCAUCCAUGUGGACGAGAAAGAUGUUUCCGGGACAACCUUCCACUCGCUCUGGCGGCCUCUGCUAGGCGAGGAUUUGGGCAUGGGCAAAUCGAUAUUGCAUAAUUAUAACAAGUUCUUUGAAUUGAUUGUCUCCCAUUCCAUGAGCACGCUGCAGGAAAUAAGUCCCGUCAAACCACACUGGAUCACUUUGAGGGAUUACCUGCAUACUCCAGCAUAUCACUUGAAGCUUGUCGCUGACGAGAAAGGAACCGACGGCGUGCGGGCGGUGGUCAUCGAAGGCCCAGAAGUUGUAGCAGCGUACGAAUUACAACCUGCCGCUACGUUUAAAAAUAUGCCGCAAACCAUCCCGGAAUACCCAAGUAGCGACUUGACGGUGCUGGACAAGGAGGCAGAUUGGAGGCGUCCUCCACACAAGUUACGGACAACUGAUGGACUCAUCUGCUAUUUUAAAGGUCGCGAACAAAGUUCUACGAAUUUCGAGACUGGCGAGAUAAACAACAGUUCCUUGGACAGCAUAGAAGCUCAUCUUCGCUUAUUUAAAUACGGCCAAGAGAAGGGUGAUUCGUACGCUACUCGAAGGUCUAAAGUUCUGGGUAUCGUGACAGAUGUGGCUUCUGCAUCUGAAAACUCUGAUCCAGCUGACGAGCAGCAUAAUGCAGAAACAAACCAGGCUUUAGUAGCUGGUAUACUGUUAUCUUCUCCCACCAUUUCCUCCCACACCCAGUCGUUGGCGGAUGUCGUUGCACAGAGUGAAACAACGACAGCAGACUUCACUGAAAAAACUCAGCGAUGGAGGACUCAGAUUGAAGAUGAAGCUUCACGUCUACAUGAUCUAAAACUAUACUGGGGUGGGCGAGAAGACUGGUUUUAUAUCAACCAGUAUACAGUACUGAUUGACGCUGAAAGUGGCAAUGCAUAUCUAAGUCUAGAUACUGCUACUUUUCUUGAUGAUGAUGAUGCGACGAGCCAAGAUAAGCGCACAAAGCUUGCAAGAAUGGAUAACUCUGCGAUUGAAAACCUGUUUGAGAAGUGGCUACCAGGGGAGUUGUCUGGAAAGAGAAGUGAAGUCAGUUAG